UUAAGUCUCGACUCUUUACACAGACAAGAAUGAUAGAGAAGAGAGAGACAAGAUAUUGAGAAAGAGAGAAGAGAGAGAAAGAGGCCACUGUAUGUCCUGCUGAGCUUUGCUACAGCUAUAGGUGGAAGGAGAAAGGGAGCUUGUUCUAGUUGCGGAAGAUAGAGAAGGAAGUGACUAGAAAGAAAAAGAAAGAGAAAGAGAAGUGAGACAAAUUUGGUUGUUCAAUCGGGAAAUUUAUUGGUGAAAAGGUAGAGCUUUGAUUUUCUAUUAGCUUUUCUGUUUCUAAGUUUUGUAGAGAGAGAAACGAGAGGUAGCAGACUAGAAAUGGUUGAUUAGAGAGGCAAGUUCUUAGUUGAUAGGAGUUAGAGCUUUCAAUUUAAGGAUUUAAAUGAGAGAUCUGUGUUAAACGAAGAGAGAUUUAUGGAUUCUUCGGAGAUAUCAAUAAAGGGUAACAGUGGAAACGUAAGGGGAGAGAGCUUCUCUCCCGGUUAUAGCGAGCCUAACGCCGUGGAGGGGCAGAAAGGUCAUUGUAGACGUCAGGCAUCGGCAAGAGACGCUGAAACUGCGUUGUAUACUGAGCUGUGGCAUGCCUGUGCCGGUCCCUUGGUAACCGUUCCUCGUGAAGGUGAGCGCGUGUUCUACUUUCCUCAGGGACAUAUCGAACAGGUUGAGGCGUCAACAAAUCAGGUGGCCGACCGGCAGAUGCCAGUAUAUGAUCUUCCAUCAAAGAUCUUAUGUAGCGUUAUCAACGUCCUCUUGAAGGCCGAACCAGAUACGGACGAGGUGUAUGCCCAAGUGACACUGGUUCCUGAGGCCAUACAAGAUGAGAAUGCUGUUGAGAAGCAGCCUUCCCAACCUCCUCCACCCCGAUUUCAUGUGCAUUCAUUUUGUAAAACUUUGACUGCAUCAGACACAAGCACUCAUGGUGGGUUUUCUGUGCUUAGGCGACAUGCUGUUGAAUGUCUGCCACCUCUGGAUAUGUCAAGGCAGCCACCAACUCAGGAAUUGGUUGCGAAGGAUUUGCAUGGAAAUGAAUGGCGUUUCCAGCACAUUUUUCGAGGGCAACCGCGAAGGCACUUGCUUCAAAGUGGAUGGAGUGUGUUCGUUAGCUCCAAAAGGCUUGUUGCUGGAGAUGCCUUUAUAUUUUUAAGAGGUGAGAAUGGAGAACUUAGAGUUGGUGUCAGAAGGGCAAUGAGACAGCAGGGAAAUGUUCCAUCUUCUGUAAUAUCCAGUCACAGCAUGCAUCUAGAUGUGCUUGCUACAGCAUCGCGUGCUGUCUCUAGAGGAACCAUGUUCACCGUUUAUUAUAAGCCAAGGACAAGCCCGUCUGAGUUUAUUGUUCCAUUUGAUCGGUAUAUGGAGUCUGUCAAGAACAAUUAUUCUAUUGGAAUGAGGUUUAAAAUGAGAUUUGAAGGAGAAGAAGCUCCUGAGCAAAGAUUUACUGGCACAAUUGUUGGAAUUGAAGAUGCUGAUUCCACAAGGUGGCCAGAAUCUAAAUGGAGAUGCCUUAAGGUGAGGUGGGAUGAAACUUCUGCUAUACCUCGUCCAGAUAGAGUUUCACCAUGGAGUAUAGAGCCUGCUCUGGCUCCUCCGGCACUGAAUCCUCUUCCAGUGCCCAGACCUAAAAGACCUCGAUCCAGCAUGGUUCCUUCAUCUCCAGACUCCUCUGUUCUUGCUAGAGAAGGUUCAUCCAAAGUAACUGCAGACCCUACACUGCCGAUUGGAUAUUCAAGGGUCUUGCAAGGUCAAGAAUUCGCGACCUUGAGAAGCAGUGUUGUGGAGAGCAACGAAUCUGACACUGCUGAAAAGUCAGUUAUGUGGCCGUCUUCUAUAGAUGAUGAGAAGAUUGAUGUGGUAUCUGCUUCAAGAAGACAUGGAUCAGAGAGUUGGAUACCCUCUGGGAGGCAGGAGCCAACUUACACGGAUCUGUUAUCAGGCUUUGGGGCAAAUGCUGAUUCCUCCCAUGGGUUUGGUUCAUCCUUUGUUGACCAGUCUUCUACAACUGCCAGCAGAAAGCUUGUUUUGGAUCAGGAAGGCAAGUUUAACUUGCUUGCUAGUCCGUGGCCUUUAAUGUCAUCAGGUCUGUCGCAAAAGUUAUCAGAAUCUAAUACAAAGGCUACUUUACAAGGUCGUGAUUUGCCUUACCAGAUACGGGGGAAUAUGAGAUGCAGUGCAUUUAGUGAGUAUCCCAUGCUUAAUGCUCAUAGGAUGGAGCAAUCGCAUGGAAAUUGGUUGAUGCCACCCCCACAAACGUCUCAUUUUGAUAAUCAUGCUCAUGCGAGAGAAUUGGUGCCAAAACCUGCAUUGGUACAAGAACAUGAGACAGGGAAACCUGCUGAAGGAAAUUGUAGGCUCUUUGGCAUUCCCUUGUUUCGUAAUCCAGUUACAACCGAGCCAGCAGCCUCACAUAGAAACAUGGUCAGUGAGCCUCUCAAUCAUACACAUUCAUCAAGUCAUCGACUUCAUGUAUUAGAGUCAGAUCAAAGGUCAGACCAGUCCAAAGGUUGUAAAAUGGCUGAUGAUAAUGAACAUGAGAAACAAUAUCAAGCUGGUCUCCUGCAUACGAGGGACAAUCAAGGCAAAGCUCAAAAUGGUUCGACAAGGAGUUGUACUAAGGUUCAAAAGCAGGGGAUUGCACUUGGUAGGUCUGUUGACCUUACUAAGUUCGGCAAUUAUGAUGAGUUGAUUGCUGAAUUGGAUAGGUUGUUUGAGUUUGACGGUGAACUCCUGGCUCCCAAAAGGAAUUGGUUGAUUGUGUAUACGGAUGAUGAAGGCGAUAUGAUGCUUGUUGGAGAUGAUCCCUGGCAGGAAUUUGUUGGCAUGGCUCGGAAGAUUUUCAUCUACACUAGAGAGGAGGUGCAGAAGAUGAAUCCAGGGACCCUGAAUUCAAAGGGGGAUGAGAAUUUGUUGGAGGUGGACGGUGUGGAUGCAAAAGAAGUGAAACGUUUGCCACUUCCUUCAGCACAUAGCACCGAGAAUUGUUAGGUUGGGCUACCUUGAAAAUUCUAGGUUUUCGAGACAGGCAGCAAAGCAAGGUUUGCUAUAGCCUUUUCAGUUGCGAAAUUUGAGAUGGGGUGCGAGUCUUAACCUGUUCUAAGACGGACGCUUGUUGGUAUCUCAGAAAUAGAUGGCAAGAAUGAUAUAUACCCAAUUUUGGACAUGUUAAUGGAGUUAGUAUUAUUGGUGUCCAGUUAUACAUAAUAUAUAUAAAUAAUAUAUAAUAUAUAAUAUAUAAUAAUGAUAUAUACCCCCUAUCCUGAGCAAGGCAAUGGUAGCCCUGCUUUUUUCAAACCAUCCCACCUUGUACAUUUAACUGUUUUUCCCUCUCCCACAUUGUAAUGUAAGUAAGUUUAUACGUCAUCUUAAUGGGUUUUUUUGGCAGACCAACAAUUUUCUAAUGUUCAUUUUGUUGGUUUCCAUAUUUAUAGUCUUAUGCUCUCUUUUAACUAGUGGCGCUCUUCAUUUAUUGGAUGCGAUUGUGCAAGUAUUUGUCUUGAAGUUUUAAUUGGGAAUGCAAAAUGUUAGCUGGCAGCUCAUAAUUUGUGUACUAAAGGAAAGAAGGGAGUGGCUGUGAGGAGGAAUUGACCCAUUCCUGUUGGCUCAUGAAACCCAGUAAAUAGAUGGGGAUUUCAGUACUUGACUGCUGCCUUUGCACGUGGUGUGUUUCCUUUGGUGGGGUGUCACAUUGAUGAAUGAUGGGGGAGCAUGCAUGUUCAUGUCGUGCCCACUCAAGAUAAGGUUUUAUGGAACUGGGCAGUCAAACGAUUCACUUGUUUAUUAGCUGCAGCCAUUAUAGGGUAUGGAGGCCGCCUUUUCUUUAAUAUUAUCAGAUUGGAUCCAUGGGACUUACAUUGUGCUUGAUUUCAGUUCUAAAUGCUUCUUGUCAGUCUUGUAUCUGCUGGGAAGGAAUUGUAUUUGCUUUAUUCGAGAUUAUUGUGCAAGGUUAAUCAAUGUCAAAUUGUUAGUC